GUGCUGCCUACCCUGCUGUGCCUGCUGCAAGUACGAGCCGAUCCCGAGUCAGAGACUGGUCAAGGUCAGGUGGAUAUCAAAUGCAAAAAUGUCUGGGUCUGGAAGAGUCAUGCUGUUUCUGCAUGACACAGAAGGUCUGGCAUGGAAGCUCUAGCAUCACAGGUUUCGAGAAGCUUCCGCAAUGCCGAAUCCGCAUGACAAAUCCCCCAUGCGUGAGAAUUUUUCUGUGUUCUAAAAUGCGCUCUCCCAGACCCAGACAUUUUUACAUUUCAUAGUGGACCCCGGGUCACUGGAUGACGCCGGAAGGAGAACCCAUCGAGUAUACUGACACAUAACGUUUGUGAUCGUGUAAGCCGUGCGGCUGCCGCUUUUCAGGGGUACACCGUUUUGAGUAUGAUGAAGGGAAGGUGUAAUGCUGUCGUUUCCACCCGGAUGGAUUUUUCUAAAUAUCUAGCUAUGCAGAAAUCGUUUCCAUUUGCCAAACAGCUAUGUUGUCGACGUGACCGGCGAAACUACACGAACCGAGGAUGACAAACUGAAGACAUUGUUCAAGGUCGUCGCAGAAUUCGAUGACUUGAAGGACGACAAGAAUAAGCGCCUCGCGUUCUCUAUCGAAUGCAAAAAUGUCUGGGUCUGGAAACUUGUGAUGCAAGUCCGUGAACAAUAAGUGCUCUGUAAUGCGCCGCCAAGCAUGACAGGUUUGUUCGUGCUUCUGUGAUGCGUAUUGCGCAUGAGAAACUGCGCUUUUGCAUGACAAGCAAGAAGACCUCUUGGUGGCCACGCAAUACAGAGUGCAGAGUCAUGCCAGACUAGCACGACAAAUCUCGCAAUCUUCCAGACCCAGACAUUUUUACAUUUGAUAUUCUCCACCGUCGCCAUGUGGGAGAUGCUCAGCGCGGAGUGGCACGGUAUAGCAUAGCAUAGCACGGCAGCACCGGUAUGAGGGAAAUAAACUUUAUGCAGUUAUUCGAGUGAUUGAAAAAUGUACGGAUACUAGCCAGCACAUCAAAAUUUGAUUGAAUUGUUCACACGAAGAUCUUCAUGAUCCACACAGGAACCCGCACCAACCCCUUGAACGAGGGGGACGCGAAGCCGGACCCGACCGAUCUCGACUGGUCCAAGAACUACGAAAAGGCAAAGGACCGGGUGGAGGAGAAGGAAGAAACCUUUGAGAAGAAUCCGGAAUACGUGAAGCCCGGGGAAAAACCGGCGCCACUGCCCGCGAAAAAGAAGGUCGCGCCCAAACCGGACUCGCCCGAAAAGAAGUACAAAGCGUAAGGUCGUGUAGUGGUCCUCCUACUCGGGUACUAGUUAAUGAAUGGCUCACAAACUACAACGUAGGUUCGAUAAGUUUCGAAGUCGUUUCGAGAAGUCAUUUUUGAAUCUUCACGUUUCAUCUAUCUGAUUAUAGACAUUUAUCGCAGGAGCAAGUACAACCCACAAGCAGUUAUCGUUGGGAAGAAUAUUUAGAGAGAAUUCCAAAGGCUUUCGCGUAAAAGUGAACGUUGGCAUGAUUUAUUUCGGUAUAGCAAAGUAACUGAAGUGGACAACCAUUAAAUCUUUCAUAGUUUCGAUUUUUGUCAGCAGUGUUAUUUUGAACUGUAAAAGUUGAAAGGGAAUGGAAAACGGACCUUGCUGACGCCGAGCUGAAAAAGCGUGAAUUACGACUUUUAACUUGCUGUAGUGAACAACGCAGGUUUCAAACAAUUACUUUCGUAGGAACCAAACCACGAAGUGCAAAAGUCUUCAACUUGCGGGCCGCGUAAAAGGAGUGGUACUACUUACAGCUUCGCCAGCAUAAGAAAAAGAAACACGACGAACCACGCGCAAUUUUUGCCAUGGUAUGUUGAUGUACACUUACAGGAUGUUGAACAACUGCACUAAAGAGCCAAAAACAAG